GGUACUUUCCUUCAAAGAAGCGGCGUUCAUUUCAGUUCAGUUAAAGCAUUACGACUGAACUGUUUAUCACGCUUGCCGAUCGCCAGUUAACCAGUUUUCUYAAGCUCAAUCUUCUAUAAUCUAAGAAUCCAAGUGUACGAUUGCAAUAUUUAUACAGAAGGCAGCCAAUAUGAAGACAGUUUUGGGUGUGAUAGCUGUCUUGUUGAUCGUCUAUUCUCAAGGGUCAACUGAUGUAUACAAGACUUAUCUGAAAGAGUUUGACAAUGUACGUAGUCAUGUUCCCCACACUCCAGAACUUGUCAAAAACAGAAACAAUGUGAGAACUUUUAUGAAGACUAAGUUUGAAGCUGCAGGUCUUGAUGUUCAAGUGAUGAACUUCUCCACAACAGAUACUAAUACUGGAAAGGCUGUCAGUGGAACAAAUYUGAUUGCAACUUUGAAAGGAUCAAAUUAUGGAACUUCAAAAGACGAGGUUAUUGUAUUAGCAGCACAUAUUGAUACUCCGAAACGAGAUGCUGGUGGAGUGAACAACGAUGGUUCAGGUCUUGUAGGGCUUGUSACUAUUGCAGAAGCCCUUAAAGGUAAAGAAUCUUGCACAAGAAACAACAGUGUCAUUUUUGCGGCUUUUGACAGAACUGAAACAGCUGAAAUUGGUCAAAAUGUUACACAAUGCAAGAAAAGCUGUGGAAGCCAGGAAUUCAUCAAAAACAAAGCUUCAUUCCUUAAGGGUGGAAAGAUCAAGUUUGUCAUUGUUAUGGACUGUAUUGCUAAUUUUGAACMUGAUCUCAAUACACAGCACCUAUCUGGUGUGCUGUCUACAUACUUCCCAGACUGGUAUGAAGAAACGCAAUUGUCAGAUUUUGUUGGUGAUUACCUGGCCAUUACUGGACGUAACAAUGAGAAAGCGUACCUUGAGGAGAUAAAGAAGAUCUAUGAAGCAGUCAGAGUUGAACCAUCAAAGGGACGGCUUUUGGCAGCAACYUUUCAGUGGAAUGUAAAUGGAGUUCCUAAUUCCCAGAACAAAACAGUUAUAAAUUCUGCUUUUGAUAAUGGAGACCACAUGAGUUUUUGGGAUGCCAAUAUCAAUGCUGUGCUGCUCACUGAUACCUGCUACAGCCGUAAACCAUAUCAAGGAAUUAACUGUGAUCUGUCAAAUACCUGUGAUGUAUUUGCUAAGUUGAAAGAUGAUGAUUUCAAGUUUAUGGGRACAGUUUUAUCUACUGUGAAACAGWUUACCAAGAAGUAUACUUGUGGAGCAUGUGAUGAUUGUGAUGUAAAUGCUGACUGCAAUGGCAAUACUUGUACAUGCAAGAAAGGAUACACUGGAAAUGGGAAAAAUUGUACAGAUAUUGAUGAGUGUAAACUGAAUCYGUGCAGUAAAGAUGCUGUUUGUGAAAACAAGCCGGCUGGAAGCUAUCAGUGUCGAUGCAAGAACGGCUUCACUGGAGAUGGGAAAACAUGCUCAGGUGCAAGUGUCCUACAAGUAAUCCCUCAAGUCUUGUUCUUUGGUCUGGCCAUGUUGUUAUCAUACUUCUGGAUCUAAGUGUCAAGUAAUCCCUUCCCCUAUCCACCCCUCACCCCUCCUCUACUCCAACAUGMACUGUCCUCACAUGAGGACACACAAUCCCCCUCCCCUCCCCCACUCCAAUCUGGAUUCAGUUAUACWUGCCAACUAUUUUUCACACUUCAAUWGUCUSCUUCCCUGUUUAUUCUCCUAUUGUACCCCUAAGGGGCAAUCCCUACCCUGCUACAAACAACAAUUAUAUUCCUCCACAUAAUAACUUGUCUUCUUGUGUGUCCUAGCUGCUAUUAUAGAGUGCAAGUCACAUAAGCAUGAAACAAUUCUUAACUAUGUAGUGCUAAAUAAGAUUUAGUUAUCGACUAACUAAGAAUUG